AUGCCGCUUAGCGUCCCGAUCAGCCUGGGGCCACCCAGGGGCGGAGCGCAGCUGGGACCCAUCCGAGGUCUGCCCCGCCCACGCGGGGCCGAAGCCCGUCGAAUGACUCGGUGCAACGUGUUGGUGGCUGCUGCGGGCGGUGGCCGCGCUGCUCAUCGCCUGCCUGCUGCUGCGCGUCUUCAGGUGGGUCGCGUCGCCCCGCUCCUUGGUCAGCUGGCUCUGCGGCGGGGGCGCCAUGCUGCUGCCCCCACGCGCCGGUCCCACCUGCGCGCCAGGUGCUCUGUCUUGGCGCGCUCCCGCCAGACGUGCACCUUUCUGCUCUCCCUGCCAGGGUUGGGAAAGAGGUUGAAGAAGACCCGCAAGUAUGACAUCAUCACCACUCCUGCUGAGCGUGUGGAGAUGGCCCCACUGAAUGAGGAAGAUGAUGAGGAUGAGGAUGCCACAGUAUUUGACAUCAAAUAUAGGUGUGUGCUGAAGAUAGAGGCUUCCUCCUGGGCUGUGUCUGGUACGAUGGUUCAGCCAUAG